AUGGACCUCAGAGUUGGUAGAAAAUACCGAAUCGGCAGAAAAAUUGGCAGCGGGUCGUUUGGUGAUAUCUACCAUGGGACAAACCUGAUCAGCGGCGAAGAGGUGGCCAUCAAGCUGGAAUCAAUUCGCUCUCGGCAUCCGCAGCUGGAUUAUGAGUCGCGUGUGUACAAAUAUCUCAGCGGUGGAAUUGGUAUCCCGUUUAUACGGUGGUUUGGCCGCGAGGGAGAAUACAACGCCAUGGUAAUCGACCUACUAGGCCCAUCGCUGGAAGACCUGUUCAACUACUGCCACCGCAAGUUUUCAUUCAAGACAGUGAUGAUGCUUGCAUUGCAAAUGAUCUGCCGAAUCCAAUACAUCCAUGGCAGGUCCUUCAUUCAUCGCGACAUCAAGCCCGACAAUUUUCUAAUGGGUGUUGGUAGACGUGGUUCUACAGUCCAUGUGAUUGAUUUCGGACUGUCCAAGAAGUACCGGGAUUUUUCCACUCAUCAUCAUAUUCCGUACCGUGAAAACAAAAACUUGACGGGUACUGCACGAUACGCGUCUGUCAACACCCAUUUGGGUAUUGAGCAAUCGCGCAGAGACGACCUCGAAAGUUUGGGUUACGUUUUGAUCUAUUUUUGCAAGGGUUCUCUGCCCUGGCAAGGUCUCAAAGCUACCACGAAGCGUCAAAAGUAUGAUCGCAUCAUGGAGAAAAAAUUGUGCAUCAGCGUUGAACAACUAUGCGCUGGUUUGCCUGUGGAAUUUGUUGAGUACAUGCGGUACUGUCGCAAUUUGAGAUUUGAUGAAAGACCGGACUAUCUGUAUUUGGCACGUUUGUUCAAAGAUCUUAGCAUCAAGCUGGACUAUCACAACGACCACUUAUUUGAUUGGACAAUGCUAAGAUACACCAAAGCCAUGAUCGAAAAACAACGGGCCCUAGGUGAGUUACCUGCACCUGAAGAACCUAAAGACGAAGAGUCCAAACAGGAUUCCUUCAAUCGGGUCAAACAGUUGGCCAUGAAAAAGUUCUCCACACAUUUUCAUUACUGUAAAUCCGAAGAUAAGCACCAUCCUUCGCCCGACGAAAUCAAACAACAAACAGUCCAAAACAACCAGGCGGCUUCGUCCAUCCCUCAAGAUCUAUUAAGUGCAAUUGACAAAGACAUGGACAAUCUCAAACAGAACGUAGCACAGGCUCCGGAAGCCUCGCCGCAACCGCAGCCACAUCCACAGCAGCAACAACAGCACCAACAGCACCAACAGCAAGAAUACAAUAGGCAAGUUCCCGUAGCUGAACCUCUCCUUCAACGUCAGAAAGAAUCCAAUUACGAUGAUCUAACGCGCUCAGUGGAUUUACUUAACAAUGGUGCCGCUCAGCAACCUCAAGCGCGCAAACCGGCACCAAACACUACGCAGUACCCACCUGCAAAUUCCAGACCUUCUGGUGGCGACAUAUGGCUUUAG